AUGCGCGGAGCCUCACUCCGAAAUCCAGUGAAACCAAUCACAUCCGAUAUUGUACUAGGCGAUACUUUGGAGAGCGAGUCAAUCACCUGGAAUGAUUAUGGUGAAUCGCACUAUAUCGGACCACUGCGUGAUAGAGCUAUGGAAGCCUUUGAGAUUGGCAAAGCUCCCUUCAACUACGCUACCGAUAUGCCUCACGAUGGCUGGCGAGAAACUCUUCCCUACUGGAUCGAUAUGUACAAGAAUGGAUUCGCAGAGGUUACCGAGGAGAAAAUCAUCGCUUGGUAUCGAACAACUCCUGCAGCAGCUUGCGGAAGUGGUGGUACGAGUGGUAAUACUGCCUCGCAGUUACAAAUUGAAUUUCCACCUGCAGAUCUUGUUGAAGAUCGAAUUUUCUUCUCCGCUGUUCUUAGCUCUUUCUCGGGCGCUGUGGUAUCUAUCGGAGGUGAUGCGCAGACUGUGGGCUGGUCCUUUGUCCCUGAAGAUAACGUUGGUGUCUACUUUGGUAGCGUCGCCUUCGGAGGUCGAACAGGACCUGUGACGGUGUCAUUGAUGCGGGAUAAUGUUAUAAUCGCUACAGUGAAGGGUAAGUCUAUCUCGGGAAGCUGUCCAAAUGGCAUUCAAAAUUGGAACGCCUGGGUUGGUAGCGCGAUAACAGGGCGCUCAGUAUCGGCCCAAACGACUGUCCUGCUUAUGGACCAGAAGUGUAUGAAUGGCACUGGCAGUUACAACUUCGGCGGUCUCUGUGAGUAUGCCUGUUCCUAUGGUUACUGUCCACUUGGAGCUUGUACUUGCACCAAGAUGGGCAUCGGCAAUCAGAAGCCAAAUUCGACGGGCGUUGUAGGGUACCCGAUUGCAGGAGAGGGUGCCAGCUACAGUGGUCUUUGCAACUUCGAUUGCAAUCUCGGUUUCUGUCCUCCCACGGCAUGUGGACUGGUCGAGGUGCCCCUUUCGACGCCUUCUGUCUCGCCAUUCUUGCCUCCAGCGUGCACUGCGGGCACGGGUGCCGGCAACCUCGCCGGUCUCUCGCAAGGAGCAGUCAAUGUCAUGAGCCCUACGACCAAGAUGAGCGGACAGGCUGCCCCUGGACAAGACCCGGCAAUCUACGGCCCACUGUGUGAAUACACGUGUCAGCGUGGAUACUGUCCCGAGGGCGCCUGUGUGCCGCAUGCUGGAAGCUCCACUGGAUCAGGGUCGGGCUCUCAUUCCGGAGAUGGCGACGUCUAUAUCUCACCGUCCAUUUGGGGUCAUGCUUCACCCGUGAUACAAUGCGAGCCACCAUGUUCAAUUAUCUUGCCGCCCAUUCCUCUGGAAACACCAUCGAUCAUUGAGAUUCCGCCAUGGGUCAUUCCUGUCGAGCAAAGCCGCACAAGAACCAGAACCUCAACCGGCGAAGACGGCACGACAACAACCUACCACGGCUAUAAUGUGACAACAAUCACUAUCACAGUGACGAUUCCUGAUAUCACGCUCCAUUCAAUCCCUCUCUGGGGAGUGUCAGUCAACGGCAGCCAAACUGCGAAUUCCACAAUCACUCUGACGAGCAGCGUCUCCUUACCUCACAUUGUUUACGUUUUACCACCGGUGCAGGGCGAUCCUACUUCAACACGCAGCACGACAACGCUCAUCCCACCCCCUUAUCCGUGGUCCCAGAUUGCAAAGGAAACGGGUGCGAAUAGCAAGACACCUACGCCGGUUUGGACUUCUGGGCCUCCUACUCCAACGGUGUCGAAGGGAAGCCCAGGUGCUGGAAAGAGUUGCGCACCGUUCUGCAGAGGUCCCUGCCUACUUUGCCCUCCGGCGGGGGCUGAUACAGUUGGUGGGAGCGGUGGUGGCUCAGAUGGCUCAGAGGAGAAUUGCAGCACUGACACCGCUGAAGUCUGUUCAACCGCUUGCGUCGCCGGAUCUGAGUGUACUUUCGAUUGUACAACAACAACUGGAUGUUCCGUGACGGCGUCAUCGACCAAAAUUGUUGGCACUCCCGCACCUGGCGUUGCAAUUACCAUGUCGCCCCACCCAGCAGAAACUCCCGAUCCCUCAGCUGCUCUCAGCAUAGCAAGUGAACUUGAACCAACCUUGGCUUCAAAGUUUGGCACGUUGUCUGUCAUUAGCGGAGCCUUGUCCUCCCCAACUCCGACGGGUGCUGCCCCCAUGAACGGCCCGUACCCAGGUGUGAUCAUCCUCAGUUACUAUGUGGACAAGCACUCAGGUGUCGGCCAAUGGGACUUGUACCAAACGUACUCCAACGGACCUGGGAGAGAUACGUGUCCGGAGGUCGACAAGCCGGACUUUGUCAUGAAGGACGGUGCCUUCUUUGGGAUUCAUGAUGGGACUGGAGGUUUCAAGGCAUUUGGCUCAACAUGUACCUACAAGGGGACCAGCUUACCGGGUUCUUCCGACCCAAGUGAGGCAACUGGCAGGUUUGUGUGCGACGGAUAUCGUGACGCUGAUUGCCACGGGUGGAUGAGCGAUGGAGGCUCCUGCUCGCAGGGCUGGCUUGAGCAUUAUACUAUUUUGGAAUGAAUGCUGGGCGUUACGGGCAUUGGCAAAGCCGACGAAGUCACCUGA